AUGCCGCCCUCAGCGCAGCCGUCGUCUACCGAUCACCUCCCUUCCCAUCAGCCCGCCGCUCGCCAGCGCCCAAAGUCGCCGGAUCGUGUACUCGCCGAAGCCGAAGCGCAAUGGCUCUUUAGCGAACGAGAGCUAUUGCACACGCCGUCGGUUCAAGAUGGCAUGUCCGCCGACAAGGAGAAGGAGAUACGUGCGAAGGGCAUCAACUUCAUCCGCCAGGUCGGCAUCAUGCUCAAGCUGCCCGAACUCACCCUGUCUACGGCCGCCAUCUUCUUCAAUCGCUUCCUCAUGCGUGUGAGCCUCGUCGACCGGCCCAACCAAAAGGCUCUGCACCAUUACACUCUCGGCGCGACCGCCCUGUUCCUGGCCACCAAAGUCGAAGAGUCCUGUCGCAAGAUGAAGGAUCUGGUUGUCGCCUGCUGUCGCGUCGCCCAAAAGAACCCCAACCUACUGAUUGAUGAGCAAAGCAAGGACUUCUGGAAAUGGCGCGAUACUAUCCUGCUGAACGAAGAUGUCCUGCUCGAGAUGCUGUGCUUCGACCUCACCAUCGAAGCUCCUCACAAACAGCUCUACGAAAUGCUCAAGUACUACCACGUUCACCACAACAAGCAAUUACGCAAUGCUGCCUGGGCCUUUGUCACCGAUAGCAACAUCACCCAGCUCUGUCUGCUGUGCUCGAGUCAUACCAUUGCUGCUGCCGCCCUAUAUUCAGCUGCCCGCUACUGCAAUGUCGCUUUUCCCGAUUCUUCAGACGGCCGCCCGUGGUGGCACGUCCAACACGUCUCGCUCGACGACAUCUUGAAAGCCUGCAACUACAUGGCUGCAAACUACGAACACGUCCCCAUCAAGCCUGGCCAUGAGGGCUCGCAAACUAUCUAUGCCAUCACCAGUCCCUCCGCUCCUAUACUACACCAAGAUACCAGUACGAGCAGCCACGGAAGCAAAAUACACCACCUCGAUCCGCCUCACGACGAUCGAGCUGUCAAAAAGAGACGCACUUCCGAGUCUGCUACAACCACCGAUCCUGCUCUUAACCACGCCGCCCCCUCGCGCACCGUUGAGAGCCAUGGUAGCGAAGAAGGCGAGGUAGAGGGCUAG